AUGCGCUCUGUUUACGCCCUAACUCCAUUGGCCGCUGCAAUUGGCGCUGUGGCUUCGCAGCCCGCUGAUUCAUGGGUUUUUGGAAACAGCCUGUUCUACCUUGGCCCUCCCUCGGGCAAUUCCUACAUCGCCAAGGCCACUUACUCCAUCGUGCCGCCGUCUGUUCCCUGGGGGGCCAAGUCCAAUGCUGAUGACGAGCCUUGGGUUUCUGUCUGGGUCGGAGCUUCUUCCACUGCCGGCGACCAAGAUGCCAACCUGUACCAGCCGAUCUUCAACUGGUGCCCUGACCAGGAAUCUCAGUAUGCCGCAAAUAUUCUUCCACCUUUAGAUCAAUAUUUUGACAAUGGUUUUACUAUAGGGGCUGCCCUGCAACUGCUCAGGAGUGUUGCCGUCGUCAACAGCAAGGUUGUUCAAACCGUCACCAUGAAUGACGAAAUCAUUUCCAAGGAGUCGGACGCUCUUGAUGCUCCCCUCCAGUAUCUGUACUCUAGCAACGAGUGCUACACCGGUGCCGGUUCCUGUGGUUCCUUGACGCGAUAUCAUAAUACAGAAAUCACCAACCUUACUGUCACUCUCAGCGAGGUCGAUACCAGGUUUGACAGCGUCAUGAGCCUUGACAGUGUCACCGAUGCCGAGUUCAAGUCCACUGACGGUGGCAUUACUUGGCACACCGACCGCAUCACUGUUAACACUAUCGACUUUGACAGCUCCGAUGACACCCAAGUUCAAUAG